GGAAGUUCCUAGAUCGGAGCGCAGCGCUAUACUCCCCAGUUAGAGAAGAAACGUCAACCAUUCCCUGCAAUUCCCUGUUCGGUCCGGUUCGCUUGCUGCUCGCUAUUCAAAUAUCCAGGCUGGCUCGGUCAAAUGGUGCAUGUGUGCGUGAGCACAAGUGUCUCCCUCGCUCUCGAUCACCGCGUGCACGUAGACGAGCGGUCGCGCGUUUAUGCAUGUGUUGGAAGUAUACACGCGUGUGCGUUUCCCGUUCCGCGAUUCGCGUUCGCGUAUUCCGAAAAGAUGGCCGUCAUGAAAGCGUACUGUGGUGAUGUUGACGUCGUUCGUAGCAAGGCCGCGUCACGUCCUGGAGAAGCGUGAAAAGAACGUGAUCAUUCGAAUGCUUCCACGGUUCCCGUGGUGCGCUCGUAGGAGAACACGUUGCAGCGAGGAACUAGCAGUUGAUAAUCGGAAACGCGAGUGCUGUGUUCGCAAGAUCCCUCUCGCAGUGCUCGACGAAAACGACGACGAACGGUAUAGAGGAGAACGAAGAGAGGGAGAGCCAGCGAGGAACGUGCCCACCGAGAGCUUGAAGGGAAUCGUAUGCGACGGACAGAGGAGCCGACGAACAGUUUGCCAAAGAGCAGAGGUGAAACGGAGGGAACGAAGAAAAGUUGUCGCCGAGCGCGUGUCGAAUACAACAGGGUGAUACGGAAGUGAGGUGAUUAAAUAGAAUCCGCGGGUGGUGUAUGCGGUGCCGCGAGUGAAACAAAUGCGUGCGCGUCAUACGCGAACGAGCCUCUCUCUCGUCAACGAUAUCCCGAUCAACCUGUUCUUCGUAUCUCGUCGGGGUUGCGUUUCACGCGUGACUCGAAACUUUGUGUCAACGAGGGACGGCCAUAUUAAUCCGUAGCCCCCGCCGUCGCUAACAUAUUCCAACGUUCUUACUUCCUCGAGGUAGUGCCUCCGUUUUACAAUUUUCCUUACAUUUCUCAGAGCGUAUCUCGUGUCGUACCGUAUCGUGUAUUGUGUGUCGUAUGCCGUGCCGUGUCGUGUCGUGUGUCGUGUCGUGCCUUGCCUCGCUGUACCAUAUCGUGUCCUACGUAUCAUGCCGUGAUCCCUGAGUACUUUGGAUACACGUCGUCGUCGGAAAAUAGUCUCCGGAUUUUCGCCGAAUGACGGUGCGUGUACAUAACGCGUGGACGGCGGUACUUAGGCGUACGAGCAACACAAACGAGGAUCACUGCGUGAAUUCCGUGCCGCCCGAUGUUCGUGUAUCCUAUGGAAACAACUUACCGGUUCUCCACCACCGUGUCUACCCACUUUGCCAGCAGUACCACCCUUCCUAGAUUCUGUACUACCCGCAGAAUGGUAGCAGUGCAGCAGGCAUCAGAGUUCGAUUGGUAGUAGAAGAUCUCCGGCGGCAGUUUCAGUAGUAACGAAGCUCAGGGCGCGAAAGAACCGAGGAAGACCUGGCGGAGAUCAAGCGGAAGAAAGAAAGGAAGAAAGCAGGCAGCGGGAAGAGGAAGGGAAAGAGAAAAGGAACAAAGAGGAGAGGAGGAAACGUGAAGAACGAGAAAAGGGAAGAUAGGCGGCUGGUCUCGUAGGAGGACAUUGUCGCGCGGAUCUUCCGGUUAUUCAGGGUCGAGCCUUGGAACUGCGAAGGUUGCUGAUGUCCGCUACGAGCCCUACCCCUAUCCCUGCCAGCUCGCCGUCGUUCGAACAGAGCAACGCGGUGACGUCGACGAGGAUCGUCGAGUCGCGGACCGACCACCGAAGAAGAAGGAACAUUUUUUACCUACGCGUUCUCCACGAAAGAAAUACAUUGAUCAGUACUGCUGCUGUAUCGCCGAUCAGUUCCACCACCACUCUGAAUGUCUUCGCACAUCCAAAAGUCGUGCGUGGUGAGGACACAGGGGCUUGAAGCGACAUUGAGUGACAGCAAAAAGAAGUACGGCGACAAGGUGAAUGCACUUCUGUCUGCCUGGGAGCAUGUCACCAAUUUCAUUCCAGGGGCGACGCCAGAGGCCACCCAGUCUCUCAUAGAAUGGGCUCACAAACACACAUUGAAAUUGGUAUUGCGCGGGGAGUGGCCAAAGUUGUCACCCGCGACGAAGACGCACCUCAGCGUAACGUUACAGAGGUGCGCGUCUCACCUGGUGCAACACCCCGCUGCACCCAGGUGUACUGCCCUGAUAGCUCUCGUGCACAAUCCAUGGACGCAUCCCGCGCUCGACAGCAUACUUAAUGGCCAACCCGACGCCGAACAUGAGGAAGAAUUCUGCUGUUCGGAGAAAGGGGAACUGUUGACAAUGAGACUGAAGAUACUCUGCGAGGACCGCUGCGAGGACAUAGCGGUGAACCUCGCCGCAGCUUGCGUACGCUCCCUCCGGCGGAGCGAUCGGCUGCGCUCGCUCUCCGAUUCCCAACACGUUCAUUAUAUGAUCGACGUCUACAUCGUUCUCUUGUACAAAUUAAAACGCACGCAAGAUAUAUUCGCUCAACUAAAAUUAAUGGACCUUAGCGACGGACUGGAGUUGGUCCAGAGACUCAGCGGUGAAAGACCUACCAAGUAUGGGACUGCGCGCGUUUGGAGGAAUUCGAUAAAGGCUGCCGAAUUGGUCGCACAAUAUCUCGUUACCGCCGGCAUGGUGCGUCCCGUGCCGGAAACGGGCGCGAACAUUUUGGAACAGAUUCUAACUUCCUGGGCGUUGUUGCAUUUGAAAUUAAAGGACGUCGCGCUCACGUUGCCGGGAAUGAUAAGGAAGCUGAUCGAGCCCGCCGAAAGCGCUCAGCACAUUUACAUUUUCUGCGCUGUACUUCUCAAGCACUUUGGCGACAGUAUAAAACCUCUGGUGAUCGAGCUGUAUAUCAGGGCGUUGACCACGGACAUGAACGAGCUGGAGAGCCAAAAAGCGAAAUCCGACACGGAGAAGGUUCGCGAGACGGCGAAACGGCUAAGCACGCAGUUUCUGAAGCUGGCCGACGUCGUUGGUAGCAACAUCGGUAUCGCUCGGGAAUGCGUGUUGACAGCUUUCUCUCUUCAUCCGACCAGGGCCUGUUACGAUAGGAUCAAGGAGAUCGCCGUCGCGUGCGGGAAGACCAAAGAGGUUGGCGGUGGUCCGUCCACCGACGACAAGGCCGUGGUUGUAGAGAAGCUGAAGCAAGUCGUCGAGAAUAAUCAUUCGAACGCGGGUUUGACGAGAACCGAGAAUAACACUGCGGACGAUAGUAAAAACGAUGAGGCGGGGAAAGUAUCGGGCGCGGAUUCGAACGUCAAGAAGAACAUCGAUUUUCAGAACGGGCAAGUGAGCAAGACUUUCGAGCGCACGGAUCAACUCCUGAAAAGUCUUUUGACUCCGAAAAAAGAUGACGCGGUCGACAGGUGCUCCUCGCAUUCAGCGGGGGAGUCGGCGUCGAACAAGACUCUCGGCGAGCUGCGUUUCAACCGCGAAGAAUUCACUGGGAACGAGGAGUCGAAGAACGGAUCUCAGGAAGCGACGAAGGACGACGCGUCGAAGAACAUCGAAAGGACACUGGACGCUCUGAUCCUGAUCAAGGGCGAGACAGUUACGGAGUCCGCGAAUUAUGACGAGAAAUCCGUGCCAAAUCAAGUGUUAGACGCGGGUAAACUAGGUCUGUCGCCGCAGCUCUGUGACGAUCUCGCCGUUGUUCUGAGCAGUCCACGUUAUCACAUGUUGACCUGGGUGCUCGAUUGGAAGGAGUUGAACAGCUUGUGCGAGAGAUACUUGGAGAACGCCGAGGAGAUGAGGAAUACCAAUAAGGAGCUCAAGUAUCUGAACAUAGAUUAUUCCCAGUUCAAGGAUUGGCCUUCGGAGGAUGAGACGAAGGAUAUUUUCUUCGGUAUCGAGAAGGGAUACGAACAAUGGGUCGACUUGCCUUCGGACAAUUCGGAACAGUUCGGUAGCUUCCAGCCUGCCGGCGGUUACAAGAGAUCGUCGACUAGGAUCGACGAUACGACGACGACCGACUCGGACAGCGGGAGCGUCCAGCGGAUACGGAGAACCGGCAGGCAGAGAAAGGUCCACAGAUUAGAAUCGUCAGAGAGCGAAUACGACAGUAGAGAACGUAAACCGAAGCACUUUCGAAACAGAGCAAGCUCGAUGUCCGAUACUGAUAGCAAUACGCCAGACAGCCAAACAGACAGCCUCGACAGCAGUGGCUGCCGGCUGGACGUAAAGAAGAAGCCGGGCAAAGCGUCCGGCAAGGAGGCGAACAAGAGGCGUUCGAAGCCCUCGAAAUUGACCGUCGAAUCGGUCUCGCAUUUUCAUAUGCUCGUUAAUGAGAAUGUUCGACACACGAACACAAACGAAGACGCAAGCGGUUCUGACGUGAGUAGUAACGAUAUUAUAACUUUGUUCUCUGCCGAUAUGGACGAAAAUAAACGGGAGACGAUAAAAGGUUCGGCAUACACGGCGGCUGCGCCUUUAAUAAUUACAGAGAGGAGGAGCGACCCAGCGGUGCUUAAAUCGUUGAGGAUGUUCAGGCCACAGAACGCGAAGAAACCGACGAGAAUCUCUCAGAUACUUCAAAAGAAUCUUUUGAACAAGAGCAAGGACAAUAAUAAUUUAGAGAACAGUGCGAAUAGCGCGACGAAAUUUGCGCCGAUGCUUAGCACGCUUAAUUUAAACCCAAAGAUCGUAUUGACCAGAGCGGAUGAACCCAAUCGGAAAUUAAUCAGAUCGAAGAAGCAGCAACGACUGAGUAGCGGAGAUAUUACCAGCGAGCUAAUCAACAUUCAGAAGAACAUGCCAUUCUCUCCGAACAAGAACACCUUGUCGACAUACCAAAAGCAGAAGGGGAAUGGAACUGCGAUUACCGGUAAAUCGGAUUUGUCCUCUGGCGAUGGUCGGGACUUGAACUCCAAAUCGAAUCUCGGGAAGCGGAAGUUGGAUAUUCUCGCGAAGGCCGUCAGGGACUCGGAUAUCUUGGCGAAAAACGUGCCCGGUUUGAAUUCGUUGGACAUGAUGGUACCUCCGAGAAUGCGACCGACGGUGAACGUGGUUCAGCUUUCGAGGAACAUUCCGCAGAGUCCGAACUCUGGCUCGGUGAACAGCGGUAACACACCGCCGAGGCCGAACAGAACGCCCAGCGUAGCUGGGAACAUUCAACUACCCGGUACGCCUUCCUCCGGUGGGCACGACAGCGGCGUUGGCAUGAGUCCAGCCGGUCAAACGCCUCCUCCCAGGUCGUCGACCCUUCCCGACGUUGGCGAGGAGACGAAUCAACCGCCGGACAGAUCGCCAACUUCGUCUACAACCACGAACGUGUCAACUCAACUCGAGACCGAAUCGAAUUUAAGGACCGUGGUGAUUCGACGAAAUCAACAUAGCCAGUCCCCGAAGAAAUCACCCUCUCCUUGCUCGGGGGUCGCGACGACGACCACGACGACCAGUUCGGAAAUAGCCGCGACCACCAUUACUUCCGAUCAGUUACAAAUCGUUUGCAAGUCGGACGGUUCUUACGGCCGCGUGGUUACGGUGAAUCCAAACGUGGUGUCGAACCAGAGGAACAUCCUUAAUCUGCAAAAUAUCGACGAUGGGAGCGUUGGUAAUUUCUCUCGGCAGAAUCAGAGGAACGAGAACGCGUCGAGCAGGAGCACGUACGACAGGUUGACGUCUACGAAAGCGUCCACACAAUCGGGACAGAACACUGGUUUGCCCAAAUUUCAACAGGCAUUCGGGAAGACUAUAUAUACGCUCUCAGCCGACACGUCGACGAGCGGUGGUACCGUAAUUACAUCGGAGACUCAAGUUCAAUCAGCUUCUCCGUCGAAGACUACGAACUUGUCGAAAGCGGUGCAGACGUCCGUUCGUAAUACGCAGCAUACGAACUCGUCCUCCGGUAUCAACGUACAGUCGAUCACAAACAUUCCAAACGCAUUACAAUUGUCCGCAAAUAGACAAAUAUUGAAUAUCGUCCAGAGUUCUGGAAACAACGCGAACGUGGCGACGAGCCCGAACACGAAUCAAACGUUGACGCAGCUGGUGCAGAGCGUUCAGAACGCGUCACCGGGUGUGAUAUACACGCACAAAAUACCUGUUACUAUAUCCACCACGAACCCGAGUCAAUUGAACAUUAUACCGACUAUAUCGCACACGAAUUCGAUACCAGCCGGUAGAACGCCCGUAGUAAAAUUGAACAUAAUUCGCACUCCCUUGAGGCAACAGAACAUCACCGGAGCUAUUCAAGCUGUCUUGGCUACGCCUAGAUUGCAACAACCCCAGCAGCAGCAGCAACAACAACAACAACAACAGCAACAGCAACAGCAACAACCACAGACGUCGCAACAGACACCAGUCAGAACGGACAGUUUGCUCGGCUCUCCGAUAGAAGUGACGAACCAAGUCAGUUCUAACACCUUGGAACAACAGCUGAGAGAAUUCGAGAGCGUUUUGGAGCAAGUAAAAGGGAGGAGUACGAUUCAUCCGGAUUCUCAUCAGACCGCGUCGACCACGGCUACCACGACGGUUCAGACGCAGACCACUACUCAGCAGACGCAAGCUACGAAACAGCAGCAAGUGUCUGUGAGCGCUUUGGCUCAACAACUUCUGAUGCCGACACAGCAGUCCGGCAACAGCGAUUUCGCGAACAACAGUAACACCGUGAAUUUCCAACAAGACGUAUUCUCCCAAAAAGUUUCACUGGCUUACGUGAACCAAAACGCGGCUGGACCUGUCGCCACGAAGACUCCGAAUUCUACGCCGGUCGUCGUUGUCACCAGCUACUGUCAACCGGCAGCCUCGCCGGCGUUGAGCGUCACUUCGCAAAGUUCUUCCAGUCCGUGCGUCACUCCGGCACCGGCAUCCAUACCGUCCGCCGGGAAAACACCUACCACUUCGCCUUCCUCGAAAACAGCGAAGAAGUCGACGCAGAAAACUUUAAAGACCAGCGCCACGAACACCUCGAAGGCUUCGCCGAUACCGAAGCCUCAGCAAAAACCGCAAGAGGACGAGCAGACCACUCAAAGAAUUUACGCGAUUCUAGAUGAAUACGCGGAACAAUUGCGAAAUUCUCCAGAUCUGAAGAACAAACCAGCACCGAGAAGAAGAUCGAACCCACCGACAAACCCUAGUCAGUCGUCGAAGAGGAAAAAAUCGAACGCCAACAAAUCGAAACCGGCUGGCCAACAGAAUCCGGAACUGAGUCCGAGCACGGACGAUCUUGGUAGAACCAUGGGCAGCGAGGACUCUUCAAGCGGCGUAGCACCGGUGCAAGAUAGCCCGGCAGGUUUUUCCGCGCCGGAGGAACCGACCAGUAACGUCGGGAACAUGACGGACGCGGCAGCGGAAGUCAGGAAUUUGACCAGCGACUCGAACGAUGGAGUUGAACUGAACGCUAAGAGGCGAAAUUUGAUUUUUACGGAGCCGGGUUCCGGACAACCUAGGGCGGCGGUGAUCGUACAGGAAGCUAUGCAAACUAGCUCUGUGAGCGUCAGCGAAGCUUUGGCCUCGGUCACGGGGAAAAUGGGGAGCACCGCUGUCCUAGUUCCAGGCACUAACUACAUCGUACCGAUGAACCUGGUAAAAGGAGGCCAACAAUUCACGAUAGUAUCCAGCGGUUCGAAGCUUCUCGCGGCGGUGCCGGCGACCGUUCGAACCGCCGGAAACACUGGAGUUUCAAACACUCUUGUUCUCCAGUCCUUUCUGAACCAGGCUGGGAAGAUAAUCUCCCAGCCGCAGGUAAAACAAGUGAAACUACCAACGUUACAAACAUUGUCGGGCAAUCAAACUCUGACCACUGGGCAGAACGUCCAAGGCGCCUCCUCGGUAGUGAUACCUCCGACGGGAACCAGCGGCCAGUUCGGGAGCGAAACACCCACGGAGAAGAGCAACGUCGCCGGUGAUUUGGCUACGGUAAAGUCCGAAACUGGAGGAGUCGCCGGCGAAUCUACAACGAACUCGAUCGUUGUUAAUAAGAGCAGCCCCGCGAUUGGUCUGAUACAACGUAAUUUGAAUGAGACCACGGAGAACCAACAGAUAUGUGGAGUGAUCACCAGCAAUCCUAAUUUAUCUUUACAAAGUGCGAGGCUGUUCAAUUCUUCUAUUCACAAAUUGUCUACGCCGGGAUUGAAAUCGGAAAACGUGGUGUGCUUGACGCCUUCGGCAACGGUGAGUCAUGCAGCUGAGAAAAAAUCGCCGCAGGAGACCCAGGCUCAAAACGAAAAGCCUGUGUCGAUUCAAAGUAGUACUACGAUUGCUCUCGCUUUCGCGACUCAGUCCGACGUUUCUAUGCUGAACGACCAACAGCAGCAGCAACAGCAACAGCAACAGCAGUUACAGCCGCAGCAGCAACAGCAGCAACAAAAAGACACGAAGGAGGUGCCCAUGGAUAUAAUACCUGGCUCUAAGAUCAUCUCCCCGAAAACGGUGAAGAGAAAAAUCGACGACGUAUUGGGUAUGUCGGAGACUGUUCCGAAAACCUUGAUCACUUCCGAACGCUCUGUCAUUUGUUCGGGCCAUAUCGCGUCGUUACACAGUAACGAGAAAAAAAUUGAUUCCAUGUCGACGAUGACAGUUGCAAGCAAGCAGUCCACAGGGAUCGACAACGCGACUCAGUUCCUCGUGACCGGUGGUCCUAGCAGCUCGGACAGCCAAGAAUCUCCCGUGCAACAGUCCGGCGACGGUAUGGAUGUUUCGUGCAAAGUUGGCAAUGGUUUACUGUACGGAAACGCGAGGUUGCAAGAAGCCUGGGAACCGGAGGGCAAAGUGUCGCCUGAUACUCCUUGGCGAUACGUUCCCGCGUCUACGAACUCGUUGAACAUCGAGCCGUUGAACUCGCGAUACCAGGAGAAUACGGACAACGUGCAGAGCGUCCUCCAGAUCAUCAACAAGGGCCAGGGCAUCGAGAUGGCCAGCGGGCAUAUCUACCAGUCGAACACGAAGAAGUAUAUCAUGAACCAUACUUUGGAACCGUUCCAACAAUAUUCGAACAAGAACAACAUGAUGAAGAUACCGUUGAACCCUAGAUUGGAUCGGGAACUACUGCAGCAGAAGACUGAGAGAAAAGCGGCUGCAAUAGAACGCGAGAUGAGGUUGCAGAAAAGUCUGUCGGAGGAGUGCGAGGAUCUGGGAGUGGACGAACCGAGCACCAGCGAUCUUUUCCCAGAAGCAGAUCUAUUGUUUGACAACAAUCAUUCACCGUCGUUCGAUCACUCUUCUCAAGACGCUUCUUGCAGUCAACCGCUGGGAAUGAAAUCGUACGGCGGUUCUUAUUUCCGAUCUCUGGAUUCGUCGAGCGGCAGCAGGGACACCAGUCCCAUCGCCGACUUGAAGAUAACCGAGCGUAGGAGAAGUCUGAGCCAACGAGCGAGGUCCGCGCAGGAAUCGUUGAAGAGACCGAAGAGAGAUAAGGCGGAGGAUCUGCGUUUAGACAAUCCAGCGAAACACAUGCGUCUAGCGUUGGAUAAUCUGAGUCAGGACGAGGCAUCGAACAGCAACUCGGACAUCUCGAGGUUGUCGCCGACGAACUUGGGUUCACUAGAGAACGAUUCGCUGAAGGACACUGGUCGGACGAAGAUCAUGUCGCGGAACGGUUCCAAAGAAGGCUCGCCGAGCAGCGUGUCCAGCAUCCCCUCUAACAUGAAACUAGACAUCGAUCUGGACUCGGAAUCGUUACCACCGAGUAUCAACGUGAACAACACGUCCGCGGCGAGCUCGGGAGACGAGAGCUUGACCUUGCUCAGCGGGAACAACGCGGACGUGACGAUACCCUCGCCCCUCUCGCCAAUCGCUGGCCCGAUGCUCUCGACGCAUAAAUAUACGUACACCAAUAAAAAGCGGAUCGCGUCGAAACUUACGAGAAUGGAUUAUCUUUCUUGGGGAAGUCCGAUGUCUGAAAGAACGAGAUCGAGCAGCGACGAGGAAGAUUCCAGUAUAAGCGAGUCGGUAAGCAGCCAGCCGGAGGAAAACACGUUGAGCAAUGGUCUCGAAGACAGCGUGCAGAGUCUCAAGACCCCUCGCGAUCGCCACUGCAACUUCUUGAAGAAGAAGGAGAAGCUGCAGAUGAACUCGAGGAUGAUGUUGAAUCGAGCCGAUCACAAGGGAAGCGGUUUGUCGAAGCGCGGCAAGUCGAACGAGUCGAUCCAAGAGUCGGUGAUCGUAUCCAGCGACAAGACCUCCGAGCCGUCAGACGACGAGGCAGGGAACAUUACUCUGGUUGAGCCGGACUGUCGAGCCAGGCGUUCCAGUUUACGUGGACACGUUAAAAAAGGCUGCGCCUGUUGCAACGGAUCGCCAGAGAGGCCAAAGAAGAAGGCAGUCAAGUCGGAUCACUCCAGGUUAAAGAAACGAUUGUCGCUGAAACAGGCCGGCAAGAAGAGGUAGUCCUAGCGUUCGAACGCUCGACGGAGCAUCGAGUAUUCUAUCCAAGUACUUUGUGCUCAUCCCUGGCGACGCUUCUCCAGUGACGAAGGAAUCAUCGCAUGUUCGUAGCUUCUGAAAGCACGUCGAGAUAUAAUCGCUCCACCGGACGAUGCCUGUAACAAGCUUGUACAUAUACAUAUUAGCAAAUGCGAAAUUUGUUAGACAUGUGCUUUUGCGAUACGCUCGUACGCGAUGUGCCUGUACUCGCGUAGGUAGCGAACCUGGACCGCGGGGCAGUUCUCCACUCGAUAUAAACUGACUCUGAACUCUUUUCGGGAGAUGAGAGUGCGCGAGAAAGAGGGAGAGAAUGGUUUAUUACAACAGUUUUCGAUAACAAUAGAUCAUCCUUUUACCAUUAGCCGUUACUACGAUACUAGUUGUAAGGUGCAGAUUAUAAUGAAAGGCAGACUUAGAUUAAAAUCGUUACGAAUAUUAGAGACACAAUCUAGUCAAGAGACGGCGAGAGCUUUCGUGAGUGAUAGAAGCAGCCGUCGAGGUGAAAGGGAUUGCAAACGAGACAUUUCGACGAAAUGGAGAAACAGAGUGUACUCGAUCGUCGAGCGAUAGAUCCCUCGCAGACUAAAGAAUUUAUUAUUAAAAAGCCUGAAUUUAUAAUUCUGUCUAUCGUAUCUAUCUGUCGCGAUGAUACUGUUCCACGUUCUUAAAUGGUAUGGUCAGACUGAGUAGACGAACAGUCUAUAUGUAGAUCUCGUUUGAUGAAUUAACGUAGUAGUACACGCAUUGAACUUCUGCCUUGCCGUAACACUUUUCGAUAACUUCAGACGACGAGUUUCAACUUUGUACCCGAGGCGAUCCUUGUAAAUCGCGAUGCAUCGAGACCUCGAUGCGACGAAUCGGAAUUUAAAAAGAGCGAACUACUAGCGGCAAUAGAAACCAAAUGAAGGGUACAAGAUCUAAAAGAUAUCGAGAAUAAGAGGAAGUGAGGAGGACGGGAAACUAUGUAAAGCAACGUUGAGUCUCUCUGCAAGAGGCGACCAUACCUUGUCACGGUGCAUGUAAAGAAAAAAAAAUAUUCAAAAACUGUACAUUACGUAGAUAAUUCAUUAAACGUAUAGUAUUAUAUCGCUGCACUUUAGUACAAAAUCGCUUCACCUUGUUUUCCGAAUGACAAGUUUAUAUCAUCUUUUGGUGUGCUGUCGUGACGCGUGAAUGCAACUGCAACUUAUUAUAAAACGAAAACUUAUACGCAAACAAAGAAGAAAAAAAACGUUGUAAAGGUUGUAUAAUUAAGAUACCGCGAACACUUUUAAAAACAGAAGGUUUCCGUACGUUUCUUUCGCGUCUGAAUAGAGAUGAAGACACGCGAAACGCUAGGGGCUCGUUAGAUCGAGACGUUUAUUAUUAAUUAUUAUGUAUAUCUAUCUCGGCGCGGAGACACUAAAGAGUUAAGGAUGUUGAAAAGUAAUGUUCCUGUGAAUAGCCUCCUUUCGUGAUACGAACCAAAGCGACUCCGUUUUUAGAAGCCAACUAUAAAUCGAAGGAAAGGAAAAUGAUAAUGCAGAGAUGAUGACUCGACAGAGGAAAUUGCAGAACUAUGAAGGGGGAUGAAGUCAAGGGAGAGCGUAUUAAAUUUAUUGUCUUUCUUAUGUAAUCGGGAUGUGUAUCAGUUGCUUCGUUCUGAACGUAAUUAAUGUAAGAUAGACAUCUUCAUUUUUCCAUUCUGUCAACGAUUAGUAAAAUUCUACCUCGUACAUGCGUCGAUCAUUUGUCACGUGUAUCUCGUCAUCUUUUUAAGCAAUUUAUAUAACGCGAAUAAGUAAUUAUCCGCUGAAUCGCCCCGCUGUGACCCGGUACGAUUUGCAAUAAUACCCUUCACCCCCUUUGUGCAGAGGGCGAAGGGUAUUAUGAAACGAUUCAUUUCAUCGUUGCCCAGUAAAUUGAUAGUGAAGAGAAGAAGGGUACAUCGUCCGCGAGAGUUGUAUCUUUAGCAAUAACGAAGCGCGAAGAAAGAAAGAAGGGUCUGUGAGCAUCGCUCCAUUUAGGCCCGAGGCCUGUACAAAUCGACCGGUCUGGUUUGCCCCAUCAUCUUCCAUUCCGAUUGUAUCUUGUAAAUAAAAAACGCGUUCGAAAUUUGUCGAGUCGUUCGGCGAGACGAUGGCUGACUCUCUCGAGUAAACAUGGUUCCGGUGAGUCUCCAGCGGUGCGCGAUGACGAGAGAGAAAUAAAGUUAAUUUUGUCAUCGUAAACUAAACGUUAAGCCCUCAUCUUCCUGUACAGUUACUUAACAAACGACGUAGGAAACAAAAAGACGCAAAGGGAGGACGCGUGAAACCUGAAUCCUCGGGAGGAGACAGGCGACGACGGCUCGGCGGCGAAUAAAUUAGAGGCGAAACGUUAGAGAGAGAUGCAUCUUUUGUGUGUAGGUGUACAUUUUUCGAAGGAACGUCGCACCAAAAUAAUGAUAUGUAUUUUUUGAUGGAAUGGAAAAAGCGUUGCAUGUAGCUUAUACAUUUAGCGCAGAAAAUACAGUGAGAAACAGCGUGUGCGUGUAUGUACGUAUGCGUGGAGCGGGUGAAAGAGACCGAGCGAAAGACAGUUUAAAAAAAAAAAGGUAAAAAAAGAAGCGAGAGGGAGAGGAGAUACGAUUGUCAGUGAUAGUCUGGCCUCUUUUGCCACCUUUAGUCGUACCAAUCGCAUUUAUGAUAGAGAGAUAACUGUAGUCUUGGUAAAAUGAAGAAAAGAACUCGUAAAUGAAAUGUAAUUAAGUAAACGAGAAAGCUAGAAGAGAACAUUUAAGAAUAAGUAAAUCUUUUCAGAGCCGAGAGCUUUUCAGGUACUUAAAGAAAAUAAGAGAUACAGUGGAUGAAGCGAUAAACGAAGACACAGGAAAAAUAAUGGGAGGGAAGUAUGUAACGUGGAAUGGAACAAAACCGCUUUACACCGGCCGUUAAGCGAUUAACUUAAAAGUUUUUGUAUCGCGUUUUUUUUUUGUUAAGACUACUGUUUUUUCUCGCUCGAAGACACCUCCUUACUUACCAGUAUUCACGAGGACGAUGUCCGUCGCGUCACUUUGAUAUCUAUGAAACUACGAGCGAGCAGUAUGGGAGAAUAAUGUAGGGAAACGAAAUGAUCGUAGAGAAUGGAAGAGAGAACGAGUGAGAGUGAGAGUGAAAGAGCGAGAGAACGGCCGUGCACUGCAAAACGUACAUUGAUUGAGAUUACAUACGUAUUGUUCAAGCACAAAUCAGUUGAAAAUCUGAGAAACAAAUAACUAAUUACGAAACGAUGAAGGAGACCGAUGAGGGACGAGAAGCCAGAUGUGAAGGGGGGUAGAAAUUGUUGAAAAAUGAUUUAAAAAGAAAAGCUAAAUAUAAUUGUAGACAUCGGUACAGUCAUGUCCUGAAAACCAGACAAGUUGCUUAAAACCAAAUCUGCUUCUCUGUAUAUAAUCGAAACUGAUUGAAGAAGACAGCUAAAUAGAGAAAUACGAAUGAAGGGAACAUUUCUUUUCUAGACAUUACCAUUAUACAUAUGUACUGUAUUUACAUAAAACAUUAUAAUAAUGAUACAUAUUUUCGAGAUACACGACCAGUCGGGAAAAAUGUUUGCUCGUGGAAGGCCGCGCGGUUCGAUCUAAUUAUUAUGCAUCAUUGUACUAACGUAGAAUCAAUGUUUUACAUGUGAAUACACAGACGCGUGCACACUGACAUUUCUAUGUAAAUAAUUGACGAGCGUUUUAUGUGAGAGUAAAGGAAAACAAGAGAGAGAAGAAGUUUACGCGUAAACAAUUGCAGUUUCUUCGUAGUUUUCUCUGUGCGAUAAAUGUUAUUCCUUUCGUGACUUCGGCGGAUGCUGAAAAGGGCCUCGUUAUUUUAACACGUUCAGACAAAUACACGUACCGGACUGAUACUAUCAAAUUUAGAUUUCUAAGAUCGUUCUACUCGUAAGUAAAAUCGGUACAAAGAACCAGCAGCGGUGUAGUACAACUUCAAAUAUUUUUAGCAGCAGAGAGCGACGGGUACGUGAGCGAGUACUUAUACACCUUCUAAUUUCUCGGGGUUCACCCGACUCGUGGAGAACGGAAGUUUCUUUUCUUCUUACCCCGACACUUCUCUUUUCCACAUCUUAUCCCUUAGAGAUUCUCUCGCGAACGGCGAUAUCGUUUCGUUUAAUUUCGUACGAAGGAACGCUCCGAUUAAAUGAUCGCGAUGAAUGCGUGUACGUGCCCGGUUUAAAAUGACGAUUGACUUUAUAUACACGUGCGUUGAAACUGUGCUUUUUAUAUGCUUCGAAAUUGGCUUUCGUUUUCGAUAGUUACGAAACAAAAAAUACACGAACGAAACUUGUCGAAUUACCAGCAGUUAGAUAUCAUCAAACGAAUAUCCGAAGGAUAGGGAGGGAUUGGGAAGAGAUCGAGGAGCGAGAAACGAUGUUAAUUACGUUCAUAGUUGCUGAGAGUUACCAUCAAGUAUUUUCAUGUUCAAACGUACGAGGAGAUGUAAAGGCGGAUGAGAAACGAGCUGUGUAAUUGAUCGAUCGAUGUCGUUGAUUUUGGUCAGGAAAAGAAACGAUGAAAUACUCCAUGGAUAUGACUGUACAGCGUAUUAACUUGUCCGGAGGUACAUAUAUCGGGAAUCCUUUUUCAAAUCGGAGUAUUAAGGAUUACAUAUUGUACAUAAACAAGACAUAUUUUCUAUAUAAGGGACGUCGCUCGGUAAGGCCGAUGGCUCGAAAAAUAUUGCAAUAUUACGAUAAUUCUUUUAAGCGGUAGGAUAGCCUUUAAUCGUUUUAUGUAAUGUAAUGAUAGAAGAGGGUCUGGCAGAAUAAAAGUGAAAGUUCUGUAUUUAAAAAGUUUA